UAUUUACGACAACGAAAAGUGAGAACAGCAGGCCAAGGCUACUAGGAGGUGUAAAGUUUUUGAAUAAGAAGAAUAAGAAUAAAUGUAGUAUAAAUAUGUGAAGACCGAAGAACCGGGAACUUUUGUCUCCAAGUACUGAAACGAUUUACAGUGUUCUGCGCAGACGCCAGCCACAAUGAGAGCUAUCAACGUCUGUCUUAUUCUGAUCAUCGCGAUGGCACACUCGUCUCUCGCCAAGAAAUUCUCCAAGUGCCAACUAUUGGCACAGCUGAGGCACCAUAAGGUUCCAGAAAACGAAUUAGCAACAUGGUUGUGCAUAGCUCAGCACGAGAGUGGUCUAAAUUCAGCAGCAAGAAGCCCUAGGAACACGGACGGAAGUUACGACAACGGUAUAUUUCAGAUCAACAACAGAUAUUGGUGCAAAGACGUUGGUGUGGGUGGAGAUUGUCAUGUCAACUGUGCAGCUCUCAGAGACGAUAACCUGGAUGAUGACAUCAAAUGUGCUGUUCAUAUUAAGAAAGUUCAGGGGUUUGGGGCUUGGAGCACUCUGAAAUACUGCAAAAACAGCAGUGCCCUGCCCAAAUGCUAAAGCGGACACCGCCAUCUACUUGUGUGUUCGCACGAAGAGUGUCUCACUGUUUUGCAUUUUAUCCACAAAGCACGUCAUACUUCGUUCUUUAACAGUGGUGAAGAUGAAAGCGUCUAUCUUCAAGUAUCUAGCUAAUAACUUACCUGGAUCCAACUUCAAAACAACUUAGAAACAUUUUUUUAAAAAUAUAUUAAUCUGUGAGAUGAGAUUUCAGGUUCUCACGGCGCCAAAUAUGAAGACAGAUGACUGUCUUCUUGGUUGUUGCGCUGUGCAGUAUGGUAGAAGUUUGCCGAGGCCUCAGAGGUACUUGCUGUCUUCAUCAUCAGGGUUCAGUACUGAUCGUCCUGGUGACUGAGAUAGCAAGCACGUCUGAAACGUCGGUAAACUUCUACCAGACAACACGGUUUAACAACCCGGAAGACAAGUCAAUUCAUUCACUUUCCUUUUUCUGAUUGUUCGACCAAUACCGAUAAAUUGAAGAUAAAUAGAAGUUAGGAACAGGUAAGUUCCAGGACAUUCCACUGUGUGAACAUAACAUCUGGUUUGUCUACACGUUUUCGACAAAAGUUGUGUCAUUAAAUUACUGCAUAUUCCAUAAAACA